CAAUUUAAGGGCCAGAGAGGAGACUAGUCUCUUCCCUUCCUCACAGACACCAGCUUCACUCUCACAAAGAAACACACAGACAUUUCCCAUUUUCCACCAUACACUUUCAGAAAGAAACGUUCUUUUGCUUUGCUGCACAGCAAUGGCAAGACCCCAGCAACGAUACCGAGGCGUACGACAAAGGCAUUGGGGCUCUUGGGUCUCUGAGAUUCGCCACCCUUUACUAAAGACUAGAAUUUGGUUGGGAACAUUUGAGACGGCUGAAGACGCAGCCAGGGCUUAUGAUGAAGCUGCCAGGCUUAUGUGCGGACCUAGAGCCAGGACCAACUUCCCUUACAACCCAAAUGCGUCUCAGUCCUCUGCCUCAAAGCUUCUCUCCCAAACUUUGACGGCUAAACUCCACAGGUGCUACAUGGCUUCACUCCAAAUGACCAAAUCAACCCCACUCAAGCCCCAGCUGUCCUAUGUUGACACAAAAAAUGUUGGCAUUGCUGAGAAUGAGAAACCCAGCAUUGAAGUGCCAGAGAAGAAACCAGCACUAACAGCUGAGCCUAAACAAGAACAAGAGCAAGAGCCAAAUUGGGGAUUUGUGAAUAAAGUCAAAGUGGAGAGCACCCAAGAUGAAGAAUCCAUAGAGCCUCUUGAAGAUGACCACAUUGAGCAGAUGAUUGAGGAGUUGCUCCAUUAUGGGUCCAUUGAGCUAUGCUCUGUUGUCACACCACCACAACCACCUCAGGCCUCUCUAAUUUAAAGCCCCAAAACCUCACUCAAUCCCAGCCAAUUAAUAUUUAAGUAUCCUAUUUCUUUCUCUGCCAAUGCAAACCCAUUUAGCAGAUUUAACCCCAAUUUUAUCUUCAGCUCUAUAACUCCAUUAGCUAGAUCUCCUUCAAUUAAUUAGGACUUGCUAGCUAGCUCCUGAGUAACCCAUUUGAUGAUAGCAUCAUGCUAUUGCUAUAUGUACAUUGUUUAUUUAUCUAUUUUGUAUAAUAUUAUUCCAUGCUUUAUUUA